AUGGUGGUAAGAACUGGAUCUAAGCAUAUGUAUGAGAAGGAACGGUCUAGCUCCAACCAUGAGAGCUCAUCUUCUUUGGUUACGAGUCUGAUGAAGUCUUGGAAAAUUUCUUCUUCACCAUCGUCAUCUAAACGAACUUCAAGUUUACCAUCGUCACCAUCGACACCGGUAUUAAGUAGUUCCCCAACUACAAACACAGCAGCUAGUGCUAAGGCCUAUGGUUCUAGGACUUCCAGUGAUUCACUAUCAAAUAUGGGGUUUUAUAAAGUGGCUGACGGUAAUAUUGAGGCUUAUUCAAAGAAACAAAUAUCUUCGAGACGUACUUCUUCAUCAUAUUCUCCUCUAAGAUAUGUCAAUCCGCUAUCAAUGAGUUCUUCAUCAGUUUUAGAGAGUCCUAGGGCAAAUAGUGGGCUUGGUCUUCAUAAGUAUAAUUCACACGGUAACGGAGGCUCCACCUCAAGAAGAGCCUCUGGUCAUGAUGUUAAGAAGCCAGCUAAGUAUUUUAGAGAUCUGGAUGAAGAUUGGAGUGCUGUAAUUGAUGACUAUAAUUCACCAAUACCUACCAUGGUUAAUGGUGGGUACGGAGCGAAAAUAUCAAGAAAAGCAUCUGAAAGUAAUACUCUCUCAAGGGUUUCCACUUCUUCUUCAGUUGCGACAAAUACAACUACAAAGGUUGGAUCAAAUUCUUUGUCAUACCCACAACUACCACAAUUGAAAAGAUCAGAGACAGAUCAUUUGCGAACUCAAAAGGAGCUUGAGGAUACAAAGGAAGUGCAACACCUAAAUGCCAUUAUUAAAAGAAUUGCAAAAUUUGAUUCUAUACUAAAAGAUAAAAGUAUUAUAAAUCUUCAAGAAUUAAGGCAAGUUAGCUGGAACGGUAUACCAAAGUGCCAUAGGCCUGUUGUAUGGAAAUUAUUAAUUGGAUAUUUGCCGGCGAAUAUCAAGAGACAGGAAAAUUUACUUAAUAAUAAGCGAAAAGAAUACAAGGAUAGUUUGGCACAUACAUUUUCUGAUAAACAUGCUAGGGACGAACCAACAUGGCAUCAGAUUGAAAUAGAUAUACCGAGAACAAACCCUCAUAUUCCAUUGUAUCAAUUUAAAACUGUACAGCAAAGUUUACAGCGAAUUCUAUAUCUUUGGGCUAUUAGGCAUCCUGCAAGUGGAUAUGUCCAAGGUAUCAAUGACUUGGCGACACCUUUUUACCAGACAUUCCUUACAGAGUAUUUGAGCCCUUCAAAGAUAGAAGAUGUGGAAUCUACGGAUCCACUCGAUUAUAUGACACCAGAACAGAUAGAAGAUGUGGAAGCAGAUACAUUUUGGUGCUUAACUAAGCUACUAGAACAAAUAACAGAUAACUAUAUUCAAGGUCAACCGGGUAUUUUGAAUCAGGUGAAGAACCUGAGCCAAUUAGUGAAGAGGAUUGAUGGUGAUCUGUAUAGUCACUUUCAAGAUGAACACGUUGAAUUUAUUCAAUUCUCAUUUAGAUGGAUGAAUUGUUUACUAAUGAGAGAAUUUCAAAUGAGUGCUGUAAUUCGUAUGUGGGAUACUUAUCUAGCAGAAACUUCAUCCGAAUCAUCAGCAACCUAUUCACAUAAGGCUGAAUAUGGUCCUCCAAGAACGCCUACGGAGCCCAGAGUUUCAACAUUCACAACGCCUGUAAAGGAGUUUAAUUCACCGUCAGCAUCGAUGAAAAGCGCUGAAUCAACUAAGCUUUCGCAGUCAUCUCUGAAUGAAUUUCAUGUUUUCGUUUGUGCAGCAUUCUUAGUAAAGUGGAGUGACCAGUUACUUGCAAUGGAUUUUCAAGAAAUAAUCACAUUCUUACAGAAUCCACCUACCAAGGAUUGGGAUGAAAAUGAAAUAGAGAUGCUUUUGAGUGAGGCAUAUAUUUGGCAAUCAUUGUACAAAGAUGCUACCUCUCAUUGGCUCUAG